AAUCCAUGUGGGACAUGUAUGAUUUAACAGGCAGUUAAUUGGAUAAUGAUUUCUAAACGAUUCGACAAUGUCCGUUACUGGGUGCCGUCCGGUACUAGGGGAUCUCCCCCUACACGUAUUGCGCGCGCAUGUGCCUAUGUCCUUUCCACCCUGUAUCCCGGACAACGCUGGUUCAAUACAAACGUCGGUUAGCUUAUUCUAUCUCAAAACCCAGCAAAAAUGAGGUUUAAAAUUUACUCCACGAAGGAAUCAAAAUCCAAGGAAGCGAUUUCCGCCCUAGGUUGGUGUAACAACGAAGAAAUCUACAGCUGCAGCGAUGACCAUCAGCUGUUUCGUUGGACGUCCACAAACCGGGAAUUUAUGCAAGUGGCAAAGCUACCGGACGAUUUCAACCCCACCGACUUGCACUGGUUGCUACCGAAAGGGGCAGCAGUUACCAGUUCAGGUGGUGCCGGAGCCAAAGGGAGCGAUACGUUGUUGAUUUGUAGUGCCGAUGGGCGGUUCAUAAUCCUGAACAAAAGUGCACGCGUCGAAAGGAAUGUUUCGGCGCACAAUGCGACCAUUGUCUCCGGUCGUUGGAGUCCCGAUGGAGCAGGAUUGCUUACGGCCGGUGAAGACGGAAUCAUCAAAAUUUGGUCCCGAUCGGGAAUGCUUCGGUCAACGGUGGUACAGCACGAGGGACAAAUUCGUUGCGCCCGAUGGGCACCGAAUGCCACUGCCAUCGUGUACUGUCAGGGGCCGUUUGUGGCAAUUAAACCGCUAGCUGCUAAUAGCAAGUUGACCAAGUGGCGAGCCCACGAUGGCUUGGUGUUGUGCAUCGCUUGGUCUAACAAUACGGAUAUGAUAGCAUCGGGUGGCGAGGACUGUCGGUACAAAAUUUGGGAUACACAAGGUGCUAACAUCUACACCAGUGUAACUGACGAUUACGCAAUUACUUCGUUGGAUUUUAGUCCCGAUGGAGAGCUACUCACCGUCGGGGGAUUUAAUAUGCUGAAGCUGUGUCAUUAUUCUGGGUGGAGCCACAGCAUCAAUCGAUUCAAUCAGGAAACGGUAGGUUCGAUGUUCAACAUUGCAUGGUCCGCGGAUGGAACUCAGAUAACGGCAGGCACCAGUACCGGUAUCAUUCUUUUCGGCCACAUAAUAGAACGUGAGCUUCGUAAUCGUAAUCUAAAGGCAAUUACGACCGGUCGAAAGACGAUCACUCUGCAUGACAUCAUAGCUAGAACUACGGAUACAUUGGAUUUUUCUGAACGGGUCAUCAAAUGGGAGCUGGGCUAUGGACACUUGGUAGUCGCCACUGCUCAUCAGGUUCAUAUCUUCAACGAGAACUACAUCAACACUCCAAUAAUUAUCGAUGGGCGUACGGAUAUUAAGAUCAUUGUGUUGGGUAAAAAAAACUUUCUCUUGGUGGACAAUACAUCAGUUUGGAUCUACACCUACACUGGAAGAUUACACUUGAGCCCGCGCUUUCCAGCAUCACAAUCUCAAAUACCUCACCUCAAUAGCAGAUGCAUUUCUCUUGGAUUAGACACUUUGGCCAUACGGGACUAUUCAGAUCAGUCUAUCAUACACAUUUUUGAUCUAUUGCCGAGCGCAAGCCGACAGGAAGAUCCCUACACAAUACAGAGUAAGUCGCCUUUGGUGGAAAUUGCCGUCUGCCGAUUUGGUAAUCCGGACGACCAAUAUCUCGUUUUCAUUGAUGUCAAUCGCGAUUUAUUCAUAACGAGUGUCCGCAGCGCACCAGAUUACACUAUUCACAAAAUUGGGACCCAAGUUUGUACAGUAAUGUGGUCCAGUGAUACCAAUAUCCUCGUUGGAUUGCACGAUUCGUGCUACAGUGUGUGGUACUGCCCGGGAGAAGCCUGUACCGACCCAACUCUGAUUGCGUUAACCACAUUCACCUUCGAUACCAGCGAGUUCGGCAAGAACAUAACUUUGGAGAACUUUGAAGGGGCAAACGUAACGUUCCGUAGCUCUGGUGCCAUCUUCACCGUUUCGGUGAAGGCCUAUUGUGUUAUACUACAUAAACUUUUCGUUGAUAACUCCUGGGAACGCGCUCUGAAGCUAUGCCGAUUGGUACAAAAUCAAAUCCUCUGGGCAACGCUAGCAGCCAUGGCAUCCAAACGAAAUCAGCUAGAGAUUAGCGAAGAAGCAUUCUCGGCGGCAUUGCAAAUCGAUAAGGUGAAUUAUUUGGCUUAUAUGAAGGAUUUGGACCAAUCCAGCCCGGAGCAGAUGGCGGAAAAUUCGAUCAUGAAUGGCAGAAUACAGGAGGCAGAGAUUAUAUUACUCCACAACAAAAAGAUCCACGAGGCAAUUCGGUUUUGCUUGAGGAUGCAUCGAUGGAGCCGUGCGCUUGAAAUCGCAAGAAAGCACGAGAUCGACGUAGAGUUAGUCUUGAGAGAACGAAAAAAAUAUCUGCAAGCGCUUGGAAGAGAAGAGUAUGAUCCAAGCUACUUACAGUUGUAAUAAUAAGUUAUAACAUGUAAAACGUUUGAGAAAUAAUAUAGCAUGAGCUGUGUUUAUAAACA